AUGACAGAAAAUGUCCAUACUGUAUGGCUUGAUCUUGUGUACAAACAGGCUACAUCAAAAAGUAAAACUGUAAUUCAUCUAUCUUUAUGCAAGAUCGACCCGAAUUUAGUGACAUUUCGGAACAUGGACAAAUGUAUUAAUUAUAUUAAAAAUCUUAAUCAGAAUGAUGAUAAAGUGAUUCUGAUUAUUUCAACUUCAACGACAUCUCACUUAUUGAAAACAUUCUUACAACAAACGGAAGAACUUUCACAGGUUAGCACAGUCUACGUACUAUAUUUGAAUCAGUGUAGUUUUGCGUGGACAGUUACUUCUUUGGUUAUAAAAGUCCUUCUUACUGUACAUACAUUACUAUCGAGUGAUAUUUGGUACAGGCCGAUGGAAAAACAAUAUCCGUGGAGAACUGACGGAGACUAUAUGGCCUGGUGGACGGCACCAUAUGAACGUUACUCUGCUGACCCGAUCUCAGAGACAUCAUCCAUAGUACCAUGUAGGAUUUACACGAAUUUAGAGCUAUUAUGCGCUCAUUUAUGUCACUUACCACCAUAUUUGAAGAGAAAACGAAGAGCCUGUAUUGGUCAAAUGAAUAUAAGUAUUCUUUCGCAGACAUGCACUGAUGACCUGUCUAUAUUAUUGAACGCCACCGCAAUUAAUCAACUUUUAUUUGCAAAGUCCACUACGGACGUAAUCAGGCGCCAAGAAGCCGAGUUCAUGUAUGCCUUACUUUCGCGAGAUAUUUUAAUUGACAUUAAAUCCACAGAAGAAGAGAUUAUUAAAUAUUUCCGUGAAAAGUGUGCUGGCAAUGAUGCAGAUUUAAAUGUUGUCGAUGAAUUUGAAGAGUAUUAUGAUGCAAUUAAUGCUAUAUUCUGGUAUACACGCAAUACUUUUCUUUAUCGUCUAUUAAACAAGGCAUUGAGAGAACAAGACAUAGACACACUAUAUUCACUACGGUACUUUAUCAAAGAUCUUCAUUUAAAGAUUAGAGAACGACAUAACACACAAAAACAACAGCUAGUACUAACAACAACAUGCAUUACAGACUACACGAAGCCUACGCCGGAUGCAAGUAAUGAACGAAUAAUAAGAGUUUAUCGAGGGCAGCUAAUGAGUACUGCAGAAUUCAAUCGAAAAAUUCUGUAUAACACUAAUGGAUUCUUCUCCGUAAGCAGUUUUUUUUCGACAACCAUACAUGAAAACUUGGCUCGUGAAAUAUAUGCUGGUAAUCGCAGCAGCAGCAAUUUAACGGCUGCAGAACAAAGUAUUUUGUUUCAAAUCGAUAUUGAUCAACAGGUUAACAAAUUUCCAUAUGCUAAUAUUUCUACAGAAAGUGCAUUUGAUGAAGCAGAAGGUGAGAUUUUGUUUACAAUGGGAUCUGUAUUUAGAAUAUUGUCGGUACAUCUAAACGAAGAAGACGGCUAUUGGAAUGUCAUACUAAGACUUACAGACGAAGAAGACAAAGAACUUCGAAUGCUAAGUGAAUUUAUAAAGCUUGAUAUAGUGACACCGAAUCCGCUCGAGAGCUUAGCAACUUUAUUGAUAAGAAUGGGCAGUAAUAAAGAAGCGGAGCGGUACAAUCGCAUAUUACUGAGUGAUCAGGCAUUUAUAUGCGAUCCAGUUAAUCUCGCCACUGUUUUCAACAAUCUUGGAUUCAUUUGCCAAGCAAUGAGUCAACAUGAAAAAGCUAUCGAAUAUUUUGAAAAAAUGCUUGAAAUUAAACUAGAGUGCUCCCCUGAAACCGAGAAUUUCGCAGCAAUAGCUUACAAUAAUUUAGGAAGCAUUUAUAACGACAAAGGAAAAUAUGAUGAAGCAUGCAGAUAUUACACCAAAGCAGUAGAAACUGAGCUGAAUACGACCAAUCCGAAUCAAAGAGCUAUUGCAACUUACUAUAGUAACAUUGGAAACCUUUUUAAUGUGCAAAAACGUUAUACUGAAGCAAUAGAAAUGUUCGAAAGAUCUGUUGAAAUAAGACUGAAAGUUUUACCUGCUAAUCAUCCGGACAUGGGAACAUCGCUUAUUAAUAUUUCGCAAGUCUUCAAUGCACUUGGCCAGUACGAAAAGGCAAUUGCUUAUUUGAAGACAGCAUUUCAAAAUCACUUCACAUCACUUCCUUCCGAUCAUCCAUCACUGUCUACUGUAUAUAACAAUUUAGGUCAAUUGUAUAAUAGACAAGGCAAAUUUAAAGAGGCUCUCGAAAUGUAUGAAAAAUCACUUGAAAUUCAACUUAAAAAUUUUCCUGCUAAUCAUCCUGAUAUUGCAUGCACGUAUAACAACAUUGGUGCAAAUUAUGACAGAUAUAGUGAUUCUACUAAAUCACUUGAAUAUUUUGAUAAAGCGCUUGAAAUUGAACUAUCUUCCUUACCAUCGAAUCAUCCAAAUAUAGCAGCAACUUAUAACAACAUGGCUUCCCUGUUGCGUGAAAAUGGUAAUUUCGAAGAAGCACUGAUGUUGUAUGAAAAAGCUCUAGAAAUAUGGUUAAUAGCCCUUUCGCCUGAUCAUCCUCAAGUUGCUGUAUGUUACAAUAACAUUUCAUCAGUUUAUUUUGCAAACGAUGACAAUGAAAAAUCAAUGGAAUACUUAAGUAGAGCACUUCAGAUACAAAUAACUUCUGGUGUUUCCGAAGAUCAUCCAGAUUUUGCACCAAUUUAUCGCAAUUUGGGAAAGGAGUAUUACCGGCAAGCUCAAUACGAAAACGCAUUAGGAAUGUACGAAAAAACUCUACAAAUCUGGUUAAAAGUUCUUUCGGCUAGCCAUAUGAGGCUCGCACUAUUGUACGCUGAUAUAUCGUUAGUCUAUGACUCACUCGGUGAAUACGAGCGAGCACUUGAGUAUUUACAGAAAUCUCUUGAAAUAACCCAAAAUUCUGAUUCGGAAAUUCACUCUGAUUUCGCAGCCCAAUACAAUCAACUUGGCACUGUAUAUUUUAGACAAGGCAAAACCGAAGAGGCUCUAGAAUUAUUUGAGAAAUCUCUAGAAAUUCAAUUAAAACUCCAUCGUCGAGACCACCGUAACUUUGCAGCAUGUUAUGUUAACAUAUCGCAAGUGCACUAUGCUCGAAAUGAUUAUGAUAAGGCAAUUGAAUACUUAAACAAAUCACUUGGUAUUCAACUCAAUAAUCUCCCUCCAAGUCAUUCAUCCUUAGCUGUAACCUACAAUAACUUUGGGUUAGCAUAUUAUAAUAAAGGACAAUUCGAAAUAGCAUUAGAAUUCUAUGAUAGAGCUCUUGAAAUUCAAUUGAACAGUCUUCCACCUAGCCAUCCUGACUUGGCUACAACUUACAACAACAUUUCAUUAGUUUAUGUUGCCGCUCGUGGCUACGAAAAGGCAACUGAGCAUUUAAACGCCGCGCUUCAAAUCAAACUAACUUCCCUUCCACCAGAUCACAUAGAAAUAGCUACAACUUAUUCUAACUUAGCAGCAGCUCUGUACGGUCAAAAUAACUUGAGAGAAGCCUUGAAUUGUGUACAGAGAGCAUACAAUAUUCAUAUCAAAAUUCUUCCAUCGGAUCACCCUGAAGUUCUUCGGAAUAUAAAUUGGAUUGAGCGUAUCGAAGCAGAACUAGUUUCAAUGUAA